AAUUUUUCCAUUACCUAGCAUCGCUAGGCUAGUUCUAAUUAGCAAUGGCAGAUGAGGAAAUUGAGCGCGAAGUUAUGGAGAAAGAUAACAAUUUAAACCUGCAUAAUUCAGAUGAGGACACGACAGAAAAGACCACUAUUCAGACCCAAACUGCGCUUACGGAGGAUGAUGAUAGCAAUCAGACAUCUGUGCAACAGACCCAGGUAGAUAUCGGCUCAGAUGAUGUGGAAAAAGAGCCGAGUUCACCAUCUCAAAGAAUGGAACAGAACAGAACAGGUCCCCAGGAGCAAGAAGCAAUCAAACCUGCUGACGAUGUUGUGGGAAACUCCACAGCUACAGAUGAGGACACGACAGAAAAGGCCGCUACUCAGACCCAAACUGCGCUUAAAGACGAUGAUGAUAGCAAUCAGACAGCUGUGCAACAGACCCAGGUAGAUAUCGGCUCAGAUGAUGUGGAAAAAGAGCCGAGUUCACCAUCUCAAAGAAUGGAACAGAACAGAACAGGUCCCCAGGAGCAAGAAGCAAUCAAACCUGCUGACGAUGUUGUGGGAAUCUCCACAGCUACAGCAGAUCAAAAACACGACACGACAGAAAAGGCCACUAUUCAGACCCAAACUGCGCUUAAAGACGAUGAUGAUAGCAAUCAGACAGCUGUGCAACAGACCCAGGUAGAUAUCGGCUCAGAUGAUGUGGAAAAAGAGCCGAGUUCACCAUCUCAAAGAAUGGAACAGGACAGAACAGGUCCCCAGGAGCAAGAAGCAAUCAAACCUGCUGACGAUGUUGUGGGAAACUCCACAGCUACAGUUAAAAUCUUACUUAUGCCAGAAGGACACAUGAUGACUGUGGCUUUUAUGAUUGGCCUCACCACUAAAGACCUGAAGAAUCAUUUUGCCAAUGAGCUGCGAGUACCAGCUGACUUUAUUCAGCUCACACUUAAUGGUAAUUCUAUAGAGGAUCAACAGACCCUGAUGAGCCUUGGGGUGCAACCACAUGCCACGGUCCAGUUCGAACUGAGCUCAUUAGAUCCUGAAAAUUACCCCAUCAAGCCAGUUAAACCUCAGCAGGAAUGCAACAUGCCCGAUGUCAUUACCGUCAGAGUACAGACAGACACAGAUACCUAUCAGGAUGUGGUGGUUGAGAUUGAAAGAACCACUAAAAAGAAUCCUUUCUUGGGAGGAUAUUGCCACAAAGUCACUAAAACCGAGUACCACCAUGCUGGAAUACAGACUGUGGCCAGGAGGAGGCCUGAUAGAGGUGUGGAGAUGUUCAGCAGAGACACACAGACAUGCACUGUAAAGGACCAGGCUCAGCAGUGCACCAUUUCCACCUCCACUCAGAUGACUAAACCUGGGUGCUACAUAUUCACCACGGAGGACAAGCUCAUCACACCAGGGAAAUACAUCACUGCAGAUGAAUACCACAGCAAGAGGCUUAAUGCUGUCAUUAUUAUUCAGACACAUAUUAGACGUUGGCUGGCCAAACGACUGACCACACAGCUGAGACUGCAUAAGGAGAUGUGCCUGGCCUGGAUUGAGAUGGAAGAAAGACGAAAGAGAGAUGAUAAGCAAGAGAAGAUCAGAGCUGAAUACAACCGGAGAAUGAACCCAGAGAAAAAAGAAGACUUUGCACUGCUUUAUAAUACACUAGAAAAGUGGAGAAAAGAAGAAAUGGAGCACAUUAAUGCCACUCUGUGUGGAGCAGAAAGGAAAGCUGCUCUGUGUGUUCUUUUGGAUCAGGAGGCACAGUUCAUUGCAUCUAUUGAAACCCACCGAAUAGCUGCGGGAAAGAAGAGCCAGGAGAUGGCAGUGCAAACGUUCCUCAAUAAGUGUGCUGCCUCGAAGCAGUGGCAAUCGUUUGAUGGGAAAAUGACCCAGAUGGAUACGCCGCACAUCAUUAGGGCCAGAGAGCUUCGGGAUCUCUAUGGAAGCAUCACCCUGAACUAUCUAAGCCCGGAUGAGCGUCUUGAUGUGCUGCUUACACUCAAAAAUACUGUCAAGGAACAUGACUGUAAGCUGACUCGAGAGAUCCUGGAGUUGAUUGACAGAGAGGGCGAUCUGCUGAUGAGAGGUGUGAAGGAGAGUAAUCUAGAGGGGCUGAGGAAGAGGAUUGCCACACUCUUCCUCCAGUACAUCAAAAACCCUCAUUUCAACCCCCAGGCAUCCAAACUGCUUCGGGUGGCACAAGACCCAGAGCAGCUAAGGAAGAAUGUCAUUUUUUGCCGUGGCUGCACUAAAUUCCUGCCCAGCUCUGAGUUCUCCUUGGCAGUGAACACACGCGUGGUGAGACUUUGCCGCCGUUGCAAAGAGCUGGACAAUGAGGCUCAGCAGAGGGAAGACUUCUUCUGUUACAAGAACAUCCUCAAACAUCUGUGCAAGGAUGAAUCAGAACUCAACCCGGAUGCCAAGAUCCCUUACCUCAUACAGGAGCAGGAUCUUCGCUACCUUGUGGAUGUGGUAUGGGGUGGUCAGUGUGCACUGACUGGGAGUAGAAACCUGCACGACCUGCUGAUGGUGCGCUGGGACAGAUGUUAUGAAUGGAGCCCCUGGAACUGCCUUCUGCUUAACAAGAACAAGGCAGCCGCUCACUUCAAACUUAAAAACUUAGAGACGACAUAUGCCACUGUGUUUAUCUGCAACAUUAAGCACAAACACGCGUUGGCACGGAAAUACUUCUCCAAGAUCCCUUUGAUGGCACAGUAUCUCCAUGAUGUGGACUCACAGCCUGUUGCCCACAGUCGCCUGCUGGUCACUAAACCCGUCACUAUAGUGACCAAGUAGUCACAGUAGGACACCACCUAUAAUGCCUACAGCUGCAUCUCAGCCUCUGUAUUUAAUGUUUUUUUCAAGUGUUAUAAAAAAAAGCAAUACACUUAGUUACAGCUAUUUCACACUGAUGACUUGCUGACAUAUAGGUACAUGAAUAAUGGAAAUGACUGACUCAUUUAGAUUGGAUUGUUAACGACACUUAACAUAAAAUAAAGUCUUCAAGAUCAA